GAAAAAGAGAAAGGUGAAGUGCUUUUGUUUCACUUGCGAGCACACACAACCGAGGGACAUCAGUCCCAACUCCUGACUCCCACUAUGGAGGAUGCUGGGAUUGCAGAAAGCGUGACAACAAUGGACACGGCUACUACUGAGUACUAUUACUACAGCAAUACAGAACCGUGCCCGACGAUCUCUCUCCUGAACCCGUCCGUCGUCUCUGCCACCUUCUACCUGGUCUUUGUCCUGGGGUUGCUAGGAAACGCCACCGUCCUGUGGGUGCUGCUGAAGGUGAUGCGCGUGCGGAGCAUGACGGACGUGUGUCUGCUGAACUUGGCCUUGUCUGACCUCCUCACCGUCCUCUUUUUGCCUUUCUGGCUGCACACGGGGGCACACGCCAUCUGCCAGGUCAUGGCGGGUGUCUACCACCUCGGCUUCUACAGCAGCAUCCUGUUCGUGACGCUGAUGAGCGUGGACCGCUACCUGGCCAUCGUGCACGCCGUGGCAGCCCCAGGUGCCCGCACUCUUCGCUACGGCAUCGCCGCCAGCCUCGCUGUCUGGGUCAUCUCCUCCUGCGCUGCGUUGCCCGAAGCCAUGUUCUCCACCAUGGUGGUGGAAGACGACUCCACGCAGUGCCAGAGGAGUUACCCGGAGCACUCGGCCCGGGUCUGGAAGCUACUGAGGAACUUCGGGGAGAACACAGUGGGCCUGUUCGUGUCGCUGCCUGUCAUGGUGUACUGCUAUGUCCGGAUCCUGCUGGUUCUGCGCCGGACGAGGAACUCCAAGAGGGGCCGAGCCAUGAGGCUGAUCUUCGCCAUCGUCGUCAUCUUCGUUGUCUUCUGGGUUCCGUACAAUGUUGUCGUGUUCCUGGACACGCUGCAGCAGCUGGGUAUUGAUGACAACUGCAAUGCUACCGUUCUGACCAAAGCUGCAAUGGAAGUGACCGAGAUCAUCACGCUGACACACUGCUGCGUGAAUCCGGUCAUCUACGCGUUUGUUGGGGAGAAGUUUAGGAAAUGUCUGGCUAACAUGUGUGCCAAAUAUUUACUCUGUGCAAAGCUCUAUCACUUAGCAUCAAUACAGUCAAAAGUAUCAGAAAAUGAAACAUCCAACACACCUUUGUAAGGGACCUGUGUUUCAUACAUGUAAUAUUUGUAUAUAUUUUUGGUUUUUACCACUUACUGAAUGUUUAUUCACUUACAGUACAGAAUGUCAGAGGUGAUUUUUGAUUCAUAAUUGCCCCUCCCACAUUUAAAGCGAGGAUGAAUAUGAUUUUUGAGAAUUAUGACAGUAAUGGGCUCAACCACCAACCUGUCAGAACAGCCUAAUUUUCUACCGCAAGUCUGUCCAGCCUUUAUUAAGUCAUCACGUCACUGGUUGUCUGGAAAACCGAAACCACAUUUUAUACCAGCAACGAUCAUUUCUGAGGCCAUUUUUCCUUUCAGGAAACUCCCGCUCACUUGACCAGCCAUCUGAAUAUAGCUGCCUAGAACUAAUUUCGCCUAGACUGUGUGAUGGACUAAUACUGACUGCUUUGUUUACAGCAAUGCCGAUGAAGACAGAGUCAGCGUCUGUUAACAUUCACGUGUGACGGGUGCAGGGGGAGAGGGUGUGAGGCCUGAGAGGGAGGUUGCAGUGUCUUUACCCUCCACAGAGAGCAGACAAAGGAACUCAGCAGUGAGCGGACGAAACAGCAAACAGUGAUAAAACAGCGCUGCCUGGAACGGUCCAACCUUCACCGUUUAUGUAACGAAUCACUCGGUAAUUGUCUCAUUAAAUGGCUUCCAGUUGCACAAGUAUCCGACUGCAGCAAAUCCACUGCAUGGGCCGUCCCUGAUAGUUCGAGCUUUAACCUAAACCAAGUAACGUAGAUAAAUUGAAAGUAAUAAAGAUAAAUGAUUAGAAUAUAUUUGAAUUAGGGAUUAAGAACAGUUUUUAAUUACAUUAAUUAGUUAAUUAAUUACAGUUUUAAUUAGUUUUUAAUUAUUUUUAAUUCUUUGCUUGCUGUCUCCGUAUAGGUGCAAAGGAGAUUAGUAUGCAUGACAUUCUUUGAUAAACACAAAUCAGAACUGAAGUGAGCACAUCUUAAGAGUGUAAUCCUUCUGCUUAAUGUAUGAGUCCUGAUUUACUCUGCGUUUGGUGUUUGACAGCCAAAUUUCCUGAUACACAGAUAGAGUCAUAGACGAUAAAGAAAAAUACCCUAUAAAGAUAGGCAUUAAUUCAUCAACCCUCAAAAUCCCACUUGCAUAUCGUGGGUCAUGUUUUUGGCGGCAAGACAAAAUAGUAGGUAUAGUUUAGGAGGUAGGAGACAUAGACGUGUUUUUUUUAAUCCCAGCCUCAAAACCACAAAGACACAUCUUUAAAGUGCCGCUGCAGUGCAUCAAACUGCAUGAGCAGGAUUUCCUGUGAGUGGCACUUUGUUCACCUCAUGGGUUUGCAAACACGAAGCACUUGGAAGAAGAAUUAAAAAUGUGCGUGACUGCAUAUGUAAAGGAAGCACUGUUCUGUUAUUGUAAAUGCAAAAAUAAUAAAGUUUUGUUUUGUGUAAA